CAUUGUUAUCGCCUACUAGAACACUGCAUCUGAUAUCCUAAGCUUCUAAUGAGUGACUGAAGUGAGUUGCAAAGAAUCGAAUUGGAGCAGAUGCGUACAAGAUAUGUCCGCAGGUUGGAAAGGGAGAUGUUUUCGUGUGAAUACCAAUAUCCAAAAAUAAUCUGAUAGGUAAGAAAGCCACAUGGAAAUUAGACAGAAUUAAGUAGCCUCGAGCUACCUCAGCCACAUGUGAUACAAGGCUGGGAAAUGGCGGGAAUAUUGACCUCGGCUCCAAGCUCACUCAUUCCUCAUACCAGCUUCGUAAAACGCAUCAACUUCAACCAUAAAAAUUAUAUCUAUUUCCAAGACAUAAUACAUAUAAUGUCGGAUCAUGUAUCUGAAAUGUCCCCGUCGGAGGAUAAGCGUCCUUCAUAUCAAUAUCCUUUCGCGACAGCACCAGAUAUAAUUCGUUCACAUCAAAAGGAUGCAUACUUUGAAGGAGUUCUCCUGAACCAUCUUUCAAAUCUCCUACGUCGAUUAUAUGGAGCAAGAUUCCUACACACGUAUACCAAUGAAGCGCGAACAUUUUCCGAGUUACUCUAUCUCGGUCUCACGACCUUCAUUGGCAACCGCACGUUAGGAGAAGAGUACUGCGAUAUUGUUCAGGUUGAAGAUGACACACUUAAACUUCCUGCCAUUUCUCGCCGCGCAGGCUAUAUAUUGACUUCAAUACUUCUCCCAUAUUCUCUCACCAAGAUCCUUCCCUCAUUUCGCACACGCAUCCGCAGCAAACUCGAAGCAAACCUCCGCAAGCUUACUCGAAAAUCACAAGAAAAGUCAUACUCUUACAAAUUUCAACAAUAUAUUCUCACUCAUCUCUCAACCAUCACGUCACCAUCACCCAUUCACGCGCUUACACUUACCGUCUUUUAUUUCUCAGGUUCUUAUUAUGAACUCUCUAAACGCUUGUUAGGUCUGCGUUAUAUCUUUACAAAGCGCAUUGCGCCACCAGAACAGCGUGUAGGGUAUGAAGUUUUAGGUGUACUCCUACUGCUUCAAAUGAGUGUGCAAACCUAUCUCCACCUAAACAACACUUUUUCUACCGACAUUCCCUCCACCGCCUCUGGAAGUUCCGCCGUUCUAUCUAAUGGUGUAGAGAUUCCCCUCGACUCUCCAUCCUCCCCAAGCGAUCUCCUUGCUUCAUCCCAGGUUAUCCCCCAUUCCGCAAGCUCUAUCGGUAAAACCACAAACACGCCUGUACUACCAGGUGCAAGAUAUGAUCUGAGUGAUAAUGACGUUAUGGGAUGGAUUAAGGGUGAGCAAAAUAGAAAAUGCACGUUGUGUUUGGAGGAGCUGAAGGAUCCCAGCGUGUUGGGAUGUGGACAUGUUUUUUGUUGGGGCUGUAUUGGGGAUUGGGUUAGAGAGAAACCGGAAUGCCCGUUGUGUAGAAGAGAGGUUUUGAUUCAACAUAUCCUACCAUUGAGAGGGUGAAGGAUAAAGGAUCGACUGGUGGGCAUAGGAGUUGAACACAACUGAAGUCGGGAUAUGGAUAUGAUGUUAUGAAUAAUUUGAAUGCAUACGAGCAUUAUAUUAAUUUAGAGUUAAAAGGAUAAAUUUUCUGGUAAAAGGGAUGACUUCUUCAGAUGGUAUAUAGGAUGGAAUUGAAUAUUAAUAAGUGCAGUCCCAAAAAUUUCGGACGGCAGUUACAAAUCCCCAAAUUUUCCAAUGUUCGAGAAUCUGCAA